UCUUUCAGAACAGGGCAUUCAGGGUUUUACAUAGAAUUCUCUGAGACGAAAUUCGUCUCUUUGCUCUUGUCUAAGCCAUGAGACAUAUCUUGAGAAAAGUUUCGUUGUCUAAAGACAAUGCUUUCAUCCGAUUAGUUGCUUUGGCUACUGCGGGAUCAGGACUCGCCUAUAAACUUGAUAUCGAAGAUUCUGAUAUGUCAAUGCGAGUUUCCAUUCCAACACGAUCACAUUACACAUUAUCUUCAUCAUGGGGUACACCAGACACAGUUCUCAACUCUCCAUUUUCUUCCUCAGCUCCUUCAAGACAUGGACACCCCCCUUUAUCUCUUUUUAGUGUUAACCCAACUUCUGUACCUGGUGUAAAUAAAGAGCCACCCUUUAAAGAGACCAGUGAAUCCCCAAAACCAUGUUGUGGAUGUCUGGGCAGGGAUACAAUUGCAAAUGCAGCUGCUAGAGUGGGCCCAGCUGUUGUCAAUCUUUCAGUUCCAAAAGGUUUCCAAGGGUUAACAGUGGGAAAAAGCAUCGGUUCUGGAACCAUAAUAGAUGAUGAUGGCACCAUAUUGACAUGUGCUCAUGUAGUGGUUGAUUUUCAAGGGUUCACAUCUUCAUCUAAAGGAAAGGUUGAUGUGACAUUACAAGAUGGGAGGACUUUUGAGGGUAUAGUUGUAAAUGCUGAUUUACAUUCUGAUAUUGCUAUUGUCAAGAUAACAUCUAAAACUCCACUUCCAACUGCAAAGCUUGGAUCUUCAAGCUCUCUUCGCCCUGGUGAUUGGGUAGUAGCCAUGGGCUGCCCCUUAUCCCUUCAAAACACCAUCACAGCUGGCAUCGUAAGUUGUGUUGAUCGUAAGAGUAGUGAUUUGGGACUUGGAGGAAUGCGGAGAGAGUAUUUGCAGACUGAUUGUGCCAUCAAUGCGGGUAAUUCUGGUGGGCCCCUUGUUAAUAUUGAUGGAGAAGUAAUAGGUGUUAAUAUCAUGAAAGUGUUGGCAGCCGAUGGAUUGAGCUUUUCUGUACCAAUCGAUUCUGUUUCCAAAAUUAUUGACCAUUUCAAAACUAAUGGGAGAGUGGUGCGACCUUGGCUUGGUCUGAAAAUGCUUGAUUUGAAUGAUAUGAUUGUCACUCAGCUCAAAGAAAAAGAUGUCAUGUUUCCCAAUGUUACCAAAGGUGUUCUUGUACCUAUGGUAAGCCCUGGAUCCCCUGCGGAACGAGCUGGUUUCCGCCCAGGAGAUGUUGUCGUUGAAUUCGAGGGGAAGCCUGUCACAAGCAUAAAAGAGGUGAUUGAAAUUAUGGGGGAUAAAGUUGGAAAACCGAUGAAAGUUGUAGUGAAAAGGGCGAAAGACACUUGUAUUACGUUGACUGUGAUACCCGAGGAAGCAAAUCCAGAUAUGUAAAUGCUUAUUGGCUAAGUAGGAAUUAGGGGGCCCUAAGUUUGUAGUUUUAGGGCGAAAUUAUUGAUUUAUAUAUAAUAUAUAUUAUAAAGGUACUACUUUUUUGUUUUCUUAUUAUUGGUGUUUAACUUGGUUUAAAUGUGAUAAAUAUGAAUGUUGCCUAAAGUCAUGCACAUAAGCUCCCAAACAGAAAGUUGCUCGUGUGAUUAACAUUAGGUUGCAUUUAAGUUGGUGUAUGUUCAUUUGCU